AUGCCAACCUACUCAAGAUUUCUUAAGGUAAUUUUGAGUGGGAAGAGAGAUUGCGACGUAAAGGAAACGGUGAAUUUGACCGAGAAUUGUAGCGCCAUCAUUCUUAAUCAAAUGCCCCCAAACCUCAAGGAUCCGGGAAGUUUUUCUAUCCCAUGUGCUAUUAAAGCCCUUGAGAAUGGGAAUGCCAUAUGUGAUUUGGGGGCUAGUGUGAGUUUGAUGCCAUAUUCGGUGUUCACUACACUUGACAUUGGAGAGUUGGUACCUACCAAUAUGACACUUCAACUUGCCGACCGAUUGGUCAAAUAUCCAAUCGGCAAGGUUGAAGAUGUGCCAUUGCGAGUAAGCAAGUUUGUCAUCCCCGUGGACUUUGUGGUGCUCGAUAUUGAUGAGGACGCUCAUGUCCCAAUCAUUCUCGGGAGACCAUUUUUGGCCACGGCGGGAGCUAUCAUAAAUGUUAAACAAGGAGUUGUCACACUUAAGAGAGUAGGUGUAGGAAAUGUAGGUGUGGAAGCGGCACAAUACAAGGAGCAAUUGAACACCACCCCACUUGGUGAGGAAUGUUGCGUUUUGCUUGACCGGGAGGACGUCCUUGAUGAUCUUAAGCAACGUAAUGGUAAGGAAGCUCCCAAGGUCGAGCUCAAGGCUCUACCUUCGAGCUUGAGGUAUGUUUUCCUUGGUCCCAACUCUUCCUACCCCGUCAUUGUUAAUGCUAGUCUUGAUGAUGAGCAAGUCCUUCAGCUCGUUCAAGUUUGGAGGAGGCAUCAAAGUGCUUUGGGGUAUACCAUUAAUGAUUUGAAAGGCAUAAGCCCGACACUUUGCAUGCACCACAUUGAACUUGAGGACAAUGCCAUCUCACAUCGGGAAAGACAACGCAUGAUUAAUCCACCAAUGGGUGAGGUGGUUAAGAAAGAAAUUGUCAAGCUCUUGGCGGCCAGGAUCAUCUAUCCUAUUUCCAAUAGUAGAUGGGUGUCCCCGGUCCAUGUUGUCCCCAAGAAAAGUGGGAUGACUGUAGUAAAAAAUGCACAAGGCGAGCUUAUUUCUACCCGGACGGUGACCGGGUGGCGUAUGUGCAUUGACUAUUGUCAACUCAAUCUUUCCACCAAGAAAGAUCACUUCCCCUUGCCAUUUAUUGAUCAAAUUCUUGAACGACUAACCAAACACAAGUAUUUUAGCUUUCUUGAUGGCUAUUCCGGGUUCUUUCAAAUCUCUAUAAACCCGGAAGACCAAGAGAAAACUACAUUUACUUGUCCAUAUGGGACAUUUGCCUAUAGAAAAUGCCAUUCGGGCUUUGCAAUGUCCCCGGGACGUUCCAAAGGUGCAUGA